GUAAUGUGUUCUUAGGUCUUCCUCACUUUCUUUGGCCUUGAGGAUUCCAAGUGACAAUUAUAUAUCAUAAUACAAUUGAUGCUUAGAACAAAUAUUUGAUCAGAUCUAAUUUGCGAAUUAAUUUCAGUUGAUUGAUCACUGAGUGAUGGUCAAUGUGACAUUUGUCAAAUCCUUUAGUAAUGCUGAUUGAAUCAAAUCAGUCAAGUUGCAAUGUAGCCACUAGUCUAAGUGAUUAGACAACGCAUGCAUAUUGAUGAAGUACUAGGCGAUUGGAGGUAGUCGACAGAAAACUCUAGACCCAAAUGUUGCAGUUUGGCAGUUGUCAACAAUGUGUACCUAUAUUGGUCAGGGAAAUUAUGUUACUUGGAAGAUUUGAACCCAUAUCACAGUCUUUGACGUUACCAGUGAGUUGUACAAGCUACCACUUACCUUCCUCAACACAUAACCAAGUCCACUGUGUUCUGUUGACUUUCUCUAGUCACCAACCAUCACAACAUAGUGCAUGGAAUAUCAGGUCAUUUAGACUAAUAGCCAUAUUGCAACUUGUCUAACAGAAUUCAGUCAGUACCAAGGGCUUGACAUACACGACUCCGGUCACUAUUCAUCGAAUAAUCAGUUCUAAAUAUUUAGUGUUACAGAGGAUCAAUCAAGGUCCAACUAGUUCAGUGAUAACGUCUUAGAAUGUGAAGCUUGAUGAUAUAGAAGUGAAUCCUUCAGAGAUCAUCAGCUCCCUUCGGAUUGCAAGUACAAAACUCAAUCACAUUAACCAUAUUACCUGUUUAAUCUUACUUCAUUCUUCAAUAGGAUACUGAUCGUUUUGCUUUCAUUAAUCCUGUUCUUAUCAAUCAUAUGAUAGAUCAUAUUUCAGGGUUUUUUCUGAUCCAGAUUUUACAUCUGUUUAUUAAAACAAAUUUUAAAUUAAUCAGUAUUCAUUAUUCAUUUAUCAUAUGUUGAUCACAUUUAGAUAAGAUGUAUUCAAUCACUAAAUGUUGUUUGAUUGUAUACAAGUACAUCCAGUUGACGAAGCAUAAAUAGGACGAAACACCCAUCUUGAAUUCCACCGCUAACCAGUAUCGAUCAUUGCUUAUAGAGAUGUAUUCAUGUUCAGUUUUGUUUUGUUGUUGAAAAUCUACUUACUUCAUUGAAAUUAUUGUAUAAUGAAAAUGAAGAUUCACUAGAAAGCUGUUUCAUCAUAGUUCUAAACCAUUCAGCAAUACACAUUUAUGAACACAUGCAAGAUCGAAUUCAUUUCAAUUCUCACAUUGUAUAUACAAGGAUCAAAUCAAUCAGCUAUAUAAAUCAUGGUCAUCUCAAUGAUGCCCCGCUAAGUGAUAACCAUUUCACCCAUGAUAUAUUUCAAUACCAUCAGUUCUUCUUAUACCUAGUCACCAGUAAGUAGAUAAUUAUUAUCACACUGGGUAAUUGACUGAAAUUCUUUAAUCAGAAGAUAACUGACCGUACAAACGGCACUACAAUCUGGCAUCAGUUUAACAUAAAUAGUUUAAAGUUUGAUUGGUGAAUUUUAGGUCAAAAUGUUGUAAAACUUCUCAGUCAGUCAGCUAUAACAUAGGACCAAGCACGCAUAUGCAUCGGUUCAAGUUGCCAUUCCCCACCCAUUAGCACAACAAAAUGAAUACCGGAUUCAUAGAAGUGGUUAAUUCAGUGGUGGCAAUACAUAAAAGAAAGAUUGCAUAUAACGACAUAGUAAAGGAAGUAAGAAUUAGUUCUUGGAAAAAAAGAUUUGAAGCGAUUUUAAUCUCUUAGUUUAAGGGAAGACAGAGAGUGUACACACCUACACUAUUGUGAUCGAUUCUGAGCGAUGUCACACAGAAUCUCGAACUAUUGGUUACGAUUGUAAUAAACAAACAUUUAGAAGCUCUAUUAAGCAUAUAAUAGAAUGAAUUUCCAAGUUGGAUCGUUUGAUAAGUUUCAUUUACUCAAUCCUUUACUUUGUGAGAUAAUGAUAAACUUUGAAGUAGAAUGAUGAUUAAACGAUUAAGCUGCUCAAGUUUUAAAUUUAUACUCUACUUCACCAAAAAUGAUAACUACUUGUCAUUUAAGUAGUAUAGUUCAAAGCAGAGUAAAUAAGUUAUAUUGGUAAUUCUAAGUAAGAUUAUAUGGGCAGUCUAUGCUCCUCGACAAGGGGUAACAGGUGUAAGUAAGUAAGUAAGUAAGUAAGUAAGUAAGUAAGUAAGUAAGUAAGUAAGUAAGUAAGUAAGUA